AUGGAGGGUUUCAAGGACCAAGUGAUGAACUUGUUGAACGGCAGCGAGGCGCUGUCCGGCGACAAGAUAAUGUCCGUCAUCAGCGAACUGCAGCCCGUCCUGCCGUCGCUCAAACAUCUGAAAGUGAUUGGCGAACGGGGUUCUGGUUUUCGACCAAGAGCUGGAGAUGUCCAGGACUUCGAAGUACUUAGGGACCAAUGCUUACAACGAGGAGCACUUUUCGAGGAUCCGGAUUUUGAUACAGUUGACUCUUCACUAUUUUAUAGCAAAUCGCCAGAUAAACGGUUCGAGUGGCGAAGACCAAGCGAGAUCGCAAGUAAUCCUCAAUUAUUUAUUGAAGGGGCUUCAAGAUUCGAUGUACAGCAAGGAGAAUUGGGUGACUGCUGGUUGUUAGCUGCUGUUGCCAAUUUGACUUUAAACGAAAAACUAUUUUAUCAAGUAGUACCAAAUGAUCAAGGAUUCGAUAAUAAAUAUGCGGGUAUAUUUCACUUUAGAUUUUGGCAGUAUGGCAGGUGGGUUGACGUGGUUGUUGACGACCGUUUACCGACUUAUCAUGGAAAGUUAAUAUUUCUUCAUUCAGCAACUGAAAAUGAAUUCUGGAGUGCUCUGUUGGAGAAAGCCUAUGCCAAAAUUCAUGGAUCAUACGAAGCAUUAAAAGGAGGUAGCACAUGUGAGGCUAUGGAGGAUUUUACUGGUGGUGUGUCAGAAAUGUAUGAAUUAAAUGAAGUGCCAGCCAAUUUGUUCACGAUCAUGCUGAAAGCUUUUCAACGUCAAUCACUUAUGGGUUGUUCUAUUGAGGCUGACCCAAGCGUUACUGAGAUGGAAACACCACAAGGAUUGGUUAAAGGUCAUGCGUACAGCAUAACCAGAGUAACAUAUGUGGACAUUACAACUCCAAAUACAACUGGCAAAAUACCUCUGCUCAGACUUCGAAAUCCAUGGGGUAAUGAAGCAGAAUGGAAUGGCCCGUGGAGUGAUAAAUCAGCUGAGUGGAGGUUUAUAUCUGAGUCUGACAAACAAUCUUUAGGUUUGAUAUUUGAUGCUGAUGGUGAGUUUUGGAUGUCAUACAAAGAUUUUGUCAAAUUUUUCUCUCGUUUGGAAAUUUGCAAUUUGAAUCCUGAUGUGCUAACCAAAGAACAACUUGGUGAAGACUCUAAUAAAAGAUGGGAAAUGAGUGUGUUUGAAGGUGAAUGGGUCCGAGGUGCUACUGCUGGUGGAUGUCGUAAUUUUCUAGAUACAUUUGCAAGUAACCCACAGUAUCGUAUUACAUUAGAAGAUCCUGAUGAAGAGGACGAUGAGCGUAAAUGUACCGUUAUUGUUGCUUUGAUGCAAAAAAAUAGACGUGCCCAACGAAAGAUAGGAGCUGAAUGUUUAACAAUUGGAUUUGCUGUAUAUCAGCUCAUCAACCCAGAUUCUUUACCGAAACCACUUGACACAAAUUUUUUUAAGUAUAAUGCGUCUACAGCAAGAAGUCCUACUUUUAUUAACUUGCGAGAAAUCAGUAGUCGUUUCAGUCUACCACCCGGUACAUAUUGUAUUGUACCUUCAACAUUUGACCCGAAUGACCAAGGUGAAUUUUUACUUAGAGUAUUCUCAGAACAUGAAAAUAACAUGGCGGAACUUGAUGAUGAAGUAGGAAUGGGCGAAGUUGAUGUGAAGAUUAAAGAACAAGAGCCUGAGCCAGAUAAAGUUGAUAAAGCUAAUGAGAAAAUUAAAGAGUUCUUCCUUAAAUUGGCUGGUAUUGACCAAGAAGUUGAUUGGAUGGAACUUAAAGAUAUUUUGGACUAUGCUAUGAGAAACGAUGUGGCAAGUAAUACAACUGCUGGAGAUAAUCUCCUUAUCAACUUACUUCAGACAUUCUGUGAGUCUUUCUGUCAGGGAUCGCCUUUAGCGUCUACAUUCAAAAUGGAAAAAGCAGGAUUCUCUAAAGAUGUAUGCCGUAGCAUGAUUGCUAUGAUGGAUUGGGAUCGAUCGGGUAAGCUUGGUUUCGAAGAAUUCAAAAGUCUAUGGAUUGAUAUCAGACAGUGGAAGACUGUCUUUAAAAUGUACGACAAAGAGAGCAAGGGUUUCAUAAAUGGAUUUGAAUUAAGGCAAGCAUUGAAUUCAGUUGGGUACCAUCUGAAUACACACAUCCUUAAUAUCAUGUGUCAUCGGUAUGCAACCAAAGAUGGAAAUAUAAUGUUUGACGACUUCAUCAUGUGCGCCGUAAGAUUAAAAACUAUGAUAGAUAUGUUCAAAGAACGCGAUCCUGACAACAAAAAUAUUGCCUCAUUUACAAUGGAAGAAUGGGUGGAAAAAACAUUGUAUUCAUAG